AUGGCGCUAGCAGUAGGGCGGGAGGAGGAGCUCCUGGCGCAGCUCCGCGCGCUACUGUUUUUGCCUUCCCCGGCGCCGGCGCCGGCGACACCAGCGGCUCCGGUUAAGGUGGAGUCCGCCGCUGGACCGCUACCUGCCACCAUCAUGGGAAGUGGGGGCGGACGCGGACGCGGACCUGCUGCCGUGUCAUCGGCUACGACCACCACCAACAACGCGUCGUCGUGUGGCGGCGGCGGGAGACGGCGCCGGCGACUGGGGAGCAAGAGAGACCGGGACGACGAGGGCAAAGCCAAGGACGAACAGCACGAUGAGGACGAGCCUGCAGCUGCACAGCCUCAUUAUUCUCCUCCCUGUAAAAGAAGGAAGAAGAAGCAGCAGAGCAGCAAGUCUCUUGUGACAUCAGUGCCCGAUUUCGAUGGGUAUCAAUGGAGGAAGUACGGGCAGAAGCAGAUCGAAGGUGCCAUGUACCCCAGGAGUUACUACAGGUGUACACGGAGCGCCGAGCAAGGCUGCGCGGCCAAACGGACGGUGCAGCGCAACGACGACGGCGGCGGCGGUAGCGCCGCCGCCGCCGCCGUCCCAGAGUACACAGUGGUGUACGUGGCGGAGCACACCUGCACGGCCAACGACUCCCUGGAGGCGCUGGUCAUCCUCGAAACCACCACAGUCGUCGUCCCUGCUGCUACUAGAACCGCCACCAAAAAACCUCAACCUCAAGAUGACGACAACACCUACUACACCGGUUGCAUGGUUCCGACAACGUCAGCUGGCUCUUGUUCCACCACGACGACCGCCACCCCCAGCAUCACCACCGGGACUAAAUCUCCGGGGAUCUCCGUCGACGACAUCACCUGCUGGAGCAGCACCAGCGGCGCUAGCAGCAAUGAUUAUAAGUACGCCGACGACUACUACUGUGGCUGGGCAUCGUCGUCGUUGCAGGAGAUGGAGGACUUGACCGGACCGAUCCGGUCACCGGUGCACGUGCCAGCGCCUGGUUGGACCGUUGACCAGCUCCUGCUUCAGCUCGUUAAUGAUCCUCUUUGCCAUUUCUGA